AUGGCAGCAUUCGCAGAACCGCACUUCAGUGCCUGGACCCAGACGGUCGUAAGCAACGUCACGGUCGUGGAUAAGGUGCCACCGGAGAUGCUCCACAUGGUGGACGCCCACUGGUACCAGUUCCCGCCGAUGAACCCGCUCUGGCAUUCCAUCCUGGGCUUCGCCAUCUUCGUCCUCGGUGUCGUUUCGAUUAUCGGCAACGGCUGCGUUAUCUACAUCUUCACCAAUACCAAGACACUCCGAACCCCGUCCAACUUGCUGGUGGUCAAUUUGGCCUUCUCUGAUUUCCUGAUGAUGUUUACCAUGGCGCCACCGAUGGUGAUCAACUGCUGGCAUGAGACUUGGGUCUUUGGCCCGUUCGCUUGCGAGCUCUACGCCAUGUUUGGAUCACUGUUCGGCUGUGCCUCGAUCUGGACCAUGACCAUGAUUGCGUUCGACCGCUACAACGUCAUCGUGAAGGGUCUUUCCGGAAAGCCGAUGACCAACAACGGUGCUCUGCUGCGUAUUCUGGCUAUCUGGGCCUUCGCGCUGCUGUGGACGCUGGCCCCUCUCUUCGGAUGGAACCGAUAUGUCCCGGAAGGAAACAUGACCGCUUGCGGAACUGAUUAUCUGACCCAGGACUUCACCAGCCGAUCGUACAUUCUGAUCUACUCUGGCUUCGUGUACUAUCUCCCUCUGUUCAGCAUCAUCUACUCGUACAUUUACAUCAUUCAGGCUGUCUCAGCUCACGAGAAGAACAUGCGUGAACAGGCCAAGAAGAUGAACGUCGCCUCGCUGCGCUCGCAGGAAGCCCAGAACACCAGCACCGAGAUGAAGCUGGCCAAGGUCGCCCUGGUCACCAUCUCGCUGUGGUUCAUGGCCUGGACGCCGUACUUGGUCAUCAACUACACGGGAAUCUUCAAGGCUGCACCCAUCAGCCCGCUCGCUACCAUCUGGGGCUCGCUGUUCGCCAAGGCCAACGCCGUCUACAAUCCGAUUGUGUACGGUAUCAGCCAUCCGAAGUACCGUGCUGCCCUCUACCAGAAGUUCCCGUCGCUCUCCUGCCAGGACAGCAACGACGAUGGACAGUCGGUAGCAUCGGCCGCCACUGGUGUUUCGGAAGAGAAACCAGCCGCCUAA